AUGGGCGCAGAUCAGGCCAAGGCAAGCAGUCCUGCACACGUGCAGCGUCCUUUGGAUGUGAAAGACUGGUCCUGUGACGAUGUGGCAGCCUGGAUGAGCAGUCAGGGAUGGGUGUGGCGGGAACUGGACCAGUAUAAGGCUCGCGCCUGCAAAAUUGGUGUCACCGGGCGCACUCUUUACGACCUGGAAGUGUACUACAGCGGGCUCCUGUCUGCACCGCGGCUGACCAUGCUGUGGCUCGCGGUGAUGGAGUCCAGCACUCUGCAGCGAGUGCAUGAGGCCGCUGUGACGCGCCUGCGAUGGCAUGUUGACACCUUCAUCCAUGGCCGACCACAGAAACCGUCCCAGGGCGAGGAAAUUUCUGUGGCGGUGGAUGGCGAUGACGAUGAGCCUGAUGAUGAGUACAGCGCCAAGGGGGAGUUCCGACAGAUGUCAGAUGCGAGCGGGAGGGCUGCCAGCGACCAGCCAAGGACUUCCUGGAUCGUCAGUGCUUUCAGCAACUCUGUGCUCUUCUGGCUUGAUACUCUGUUUGCCCCAGGCCUCCAGGUGGCCUUCUACAUGUCCCUGUUCUACAAGAGGCACCCGGUGGCGCUGCUGUACGUGGGAGUGGUGGGGCUGUGCCGGACAGCAGCAGAGGGGCACGCACUGCUUAUGCUGUUCACACACCCGGACAUGACUGCCGGCGAAGCCUUCUCCAGCUUCAUCUGCUCCCACCUCAUGACCCCCGCCAUGAACGCCGCACUGGCCAUCCUCCAGGUCGCACUGGCGCCGGUGCUGCCGGGCAGGGUGGCCUGGCUGCUCUUCUGGAUCCGCUGCGUGCCGCUGCCGCUGCUGACCCUGUGGGCCGACUUUGCCGCUUGGGUGCCCUCCAGUGCAGAUGACGGCGCGGAGCCCCUCAACGGCGAGUCGCGCACCCGACGGCAUCUCAACCGCAACAUUGUCCGUGUCAGGAGGGACAAUCCUGCCACAGUGCACUGGCCGCCCCCACUGGUGAUCCCCGAGGAACUGGAGGAUAUGGAGGUGGAGGUCCCUGAUGUCUUCAAGUGCCCCAUCACCCUCGGCAUCAUGACAGAGCCUGCUCAGACACCCCAAGGCAUGACUUAUGAGAGGGCGUCCAUCAUGAAGUGGGUGGAUGUCAACAAGCAUGACCCCUGCACAAAGGCGCCGCUGCGAAGGCGCCAUCUCUCCCCAAAUCUGGCUCUGCGUGGGGUCAUCGAGAUUUGGCUGACUGCCCAGGGCAUCUCCUCUCCAGCGCCUGCAGCGACAGCUCUGCCGAUGCCUGUCCUGCUGCCACAAACCUCGGCGCCAGCAGAGCAGCGUUCGCCAACGGCUGAACUCCCGGAGGCCAGCGCAGGCGCGCGGGCCGGCCCGCAGCCGCAGCCGACGCCGCCCGCAUUGGCGCCGGAGCCGGCAACGGCGGCCGCCUCCGGCAUGCGGUUGAGAGGCGCCUGGCUGCUGCGGCAGCGCGCGUCCGCGCACUUGCAGCCGCGGGACGCACCGGUCGGCUUGCGGCUGCAGAGCAGCGAGAUCCUGGUUCCCGGCGCAGCCUCUGCUUUGCCGUUGCUUGCGGAUGAGGCCUGGGAAGCCUCUGGCGCGGCUGGCCUGACCGACACUGAGGCCGUCAGGCAAGCGAGGGCAGAGGGCAGCAUGCGAUCAUCUGGCAGCCAGGGUGCUGCCUCAGCAGGGGCGAAUGGGGAUGUGUCAUCCAGCUCUGCGCCUGGAAUCAGCAGGGCGCCUGCGCAUGGCCUUGCUGGGAGUGGGGAUGGCGUGGCGGAUUGGAACAGCAUGCCUGCAGGCAUGACAGCAGGAAAUGAGAGCGACAGCGAUGGCCGGCGUGACAGAGCAAGAAAGCGCCGCCUCAACAAGGAGAAUGUGCACAGCCCUGCAAUGUCCUCCUUUAUCUCAUCGUACAUGAACGCCUUGACUGAGGCCCAGGAGCGAGGUUCUCAUGGGAUGCUCAAUGCAGCGGCUGGGCUGCCAGCACGCGAGCCUUCAGAUGAAAGCCAGAGGCAUGAGUAG